AUGGCCCCAUUUACACUCAUGGGUAUAUUGGCACUGACGAAGCCAAUGUUGGCACUUCUAUCUGUUUUGGGGGCUAUUUUUGUAAAGUUUGCCUACGUUGGACUUACGUGUCCCACGCGACAUCUUCCCGGACCAUGGUAUACACGAUUUACACAUCUGCGUCUCAAAUACGCGGUUGUGACAGGAAAGCGAAUCUUUUACAUUGAUUCUCUCCACCAACGCUAUGGCCCUGUUGUCCGGCUAUCUCCCUCAGAGGUGGGCAUCGCAGACCUGGAAGCGUUCAAGGAGAUCCACAAGAUUGGUACAAAGUUUCUGAAGAGCGAAUGGUACCUGCGACUGGCCAAUUUCCCAAAGCCUGGUGUGUUCACAAUGCUAGAUCCUCGCGAGCACGGACCAAGACGCAAGCUCUUGUCGAGGUCGUUUAGCAGAAGCUAUCUGGUGGACAAUUGGGAGUCAACAGUUCGUGAGAAGGCUUUCCUGGCUGUCACCAAGAUCAGAGAAAAUGCAUUGGAUAGCAUAGCUGAUGUAUACAACUGGUGGAUGCUUCUAGCAUCAGAUGUCAGUGCUCAUCUUGCAUUUGGCGAGUCUUUCGGUAUGCUGGAGAUGGGACAUGCCAACCAGUUCAUUCGUGUGCUCAAGAAACUCACAAUGGGUGCUGGAAUCAUGGUUGAAAUGCCGUUUCUCCGCCUUCUUCGAUACAUACCGGUGAACGCAAUUCAAGAAAUGUUCAACGCAAACGACUUCAUCCUCCAAGGAGCAGGACGAGCUGUCGAAAUGGCAAGACAGAAUGCGGGAGAAGCCAAUAUAUUCGCCAAGGUGAUCGAAGACUGUGAGAAAGAGGGCGACGGACACAUUGACGAUAUGGAUGUCAGGAUUGAAGCCAUGAAUGUGAUAAUUGCGGGCACAGAUACAACCGGUGUCACCUUGACCUAUCUUACCUGGGCGGUACUCCAGCGACCACAACUACAAACAGCGUUGGAAGCCGAGGCUGCAGGGCUAGCCGACAACUUUACUGAAAACGACUUGAUCAAGCUUCCCCUGUUGAACGCUGUGAUUGAAGAGACGCUACGUUUGUACGGAGCAGCGCCGAGUAGUCUUCCUCGUGUUGUGCCCAAGGGCGGAACGAGCUUCAGCGGCCACUACAUCCCACAAGGCGUGACUGUGGAUACGCAAGCUUAUACUUUUCACCGUAACCCUGAGAUCUGGAACGAUCCAUUGAGAUUUAACCCACAUCGAUGGAUCUCCUCCAAAGAGCAGACGGCAGAAGCCCUCUCGCCCGCCGCAAAGACCGCGUUCCAUCCUUUUGGCGCUGGUGCAAGAUCGUGCAUCGGCAUCCAUCUUGCACGUAUGGAGUUGCGGUACGCUGUCGCGUUCUUUUUCAGAGAGUGCAAGGGUAUCCAUUUGGUAGAAUCGGCUACGGAAGAAAGUAUGGAGUUUGAGAAUUUCUUCUUGAUUGCGCCGAAGGCGCACCGAUGUGAAAUAACUUUACGGUGA